AUCUGGAGGGUCUAAUGUCAAUUUGGAGCGCCGAGGACUUGGACACUGCACCUGACCUCUUGCACGUCCGUUUGCACAGUGAUCUGGUCACUUGGAGCUGCUCGACGAGCGUUCAGGAUGAGGAUAUAAGGAGAGCGAGAAAGGACGAUUGAGAAGACGAUUUCCCUCUCGACCUCAGACUUUUCUUCAUCACAAACAUCUCUACACAAUCCACACUACCGACACAUAACAACAACAACGACGACACUAGCAAUGACUCGACUCGCCAAACUCCUGGCUCUCGGUCUCGCCCUCGCCGGCCUUUCCACGAACACCAACGCCUCGCCCAUCGAGACGGAGUCUCACGAACUCGCCCGGAGGACCACCUCGCUCAAGUGCGGGUGGGCGAAGAAGAACGGGGUCGACCUCGGAUGUAUGUGCGAUAUCCCCGGAUUGAGCAUCGACCUCGAUAUCGAUUUUGGGGGGUUCCCGGUCUUGGACUUGUUUUUGGGGUCUAAGCAGUACCCGCCGGGUUGUAGGCCUACUUGCGAUGACAAGGUCUACGAAUGCCCCUACGGAUCGAACGGAAAGGGAGGCUGUAACGAACCGGUCAAAUGCCCUCCCAAUCAGUGCGAGAGUUACGGGAAAUGCUGCCCGUACGGAACCCAGAACACCGGUGGUAUCUGCUGCCCUAAGAACUGUGUCAACAAGGAUGGCAAAUGUCACAUUCCCAAGCCCGAGCCGCCCAAGAAGCCCGAAUGCAAGAAGGAGAAUGAGGAGCUUAACAAGUGGACCAACAAGUGUCAGUGCAAGGACAACUACGAAUACUUUGGAGACAAGUGCGUCAUGAAGUGCCCCAAGGAUCAGAAGAGGAACCAUGAGGGUCAUUGUAUGUGCAUCAACGAGCACUUCAAGCCAGACCACGAGAACGUCUGCCGACCUCAGUGCGGACAUGAAGAGAUUCUCGACAAGUACAAGAACGUCUGCGUCAAAUGCGAGUACGGGGUCGAGCACGGAAAGUGCAAGCCCAAGCCGCCCCCUACCUGUUCUCACGAAGAGGUACUCAACAAGGAGAAGACCAAGUGCAUUAAAUGCGACUACGGAGUCGAGAACGGAAUGUGCAAGCCCAAGCCUCCUACUUGCCCUCACCCCAAGGAGUUUAACGAACACGAAAAGAAAUGCGUCUGCCCCGAGCAUAUGAAGACCGACAAGUAUGGAAACUGCUUCACCCCUCCCGAGUGCCACGAUCCUAUGGUCCUCUCCAAGGACAUGAAGUCGUGCGUCUGCAAGGAAGGAACGGUAGCCGACCACUACGCCCCGGGAGGUUGCAAGCCCAAGCCUCCUACUUGCCCUUACGGAUGGGACGAGCACGGCAACUGCAAGCCCAAGCCCGAAUGCCCUAACGGAUGGGAUGAGCACGGUAACUGCAAGCCCAAGCCUACGACCUGCCCUAACGGAUGGGACCAGUACGGGAACUGCAAGCCCAAGUGUCCUGAAGGAACGAAGCCGGGCCUUCUCGGUGGUUGCUCCAAGCUCGGACUCUUGGGUAUCAACCUCUGAUCGAGAGCGAUUACACUGGCCUCGAACCAGUCGCUUGAAGGUGGAGCGAGGAUGACAGACGGAUGAGAUGAGACGGGAGGUCAGGAGUGGCCUCGGAGGAUACGAUAUGGACUUUCUAAUCAAUAUCGAAAAAAUCCCAUAAAACCCACAAAAAAAGCGAACGAACGGACUUUCAGGAUAGCAAUAAGCGAAUCGAAAAUCGAAUAAUCAAAUGUAACAGUCAGAUCGAAAUAACUUGUCGAACUCGGAAAUGAAACAAACGUAUCAAAUGCCUAUUGGACCC